CUGGAGAGACACUGCGUCCGGAUACACAGCCUCAGCUCCUUUACGCACAGGCUCUCUGCCUCCAGCGUUCAUUUUUGGGAAACUCUUUCACUCAUUUUCAACUUUUAGUCAGACUCGCUGCCUUUCCUUCCUCUCAGACAGUUAGUUUCUUUAUAUAUUGUGGACAGAGUGGGCAGCGCCGCAGCAUGGAGCCGUACACGGUCCCGGGAGCCCAGCUCUCCCUGUCAGACCUCUACUCCGUCAUCCCCUACAAUGUCACCUUCCCUGACGAGGAGAGCGGCUUGAUGGGAAGGCUGCAGAACUACACGGACAAGCGGGGUCCAGUGAGGAGCACCGGAGGGAUCAUCAUCGCCAUAUCCAUCACGGCUCUCUACUCCGUUAUCUGCGUGGUGGGGCUCCUGGGCAACGUCCUCGUCAUGUACGGGGUGGUCAGAUACACCAAGAUGAAGACCGCCACAAACAUCUACAUCUUCAACCUGGCUCUCGCGGAUGCCUUGGCAACCAGCACGCUGCCGUUUCAGAGUGCCAAAUACCUCAUGAACACCUGGCCGUUUGGGGAGGUCCUGUGCAAGCUCAUUAUCGCCAUCGACUACUACAACAUGUUCACAAGCAUCUUCACCCUCACCAUGAUGAGCGUGGACCGCUACAUCGCCGUGUGCCACCCAGUCAGGGCACUGGAGUUUCGAACACCGGUCAAGGCUAAGAUGAUCAACGUACUCAUCUGGGUCCUGUCCUCUGCCAUCGGGGUGCCCAUCAUGUUCAUGGCUGUGACCAAAGUGACAGACAGUGGUAAAACCAUGUGCAUGCUGAAAUUCCCUGACCCGGACUGGUACUGGGACACAGUGACAAAGAUCUGCGUCUUCAUCUUCGCCUUCGUGGUUCCUGUGCUGGUCAUCACCAUAUGCUACGGCCUGAUGAUCCUGCGCCUGAGGAGUGUCCGCCUGCUCUCAGGCUCCAAGGAGAAAGACCGCAACAUGCGUCGCAUCACUCGCAUGGUCCUGGUGGUGGUGGCAGCCUUCAUCAUCUGCUGGACCCCCAUCCACAUCUUCAUCAUUGUGAAGACUAUGGUGGAGAUUGACAGCAGGAACCCCUUUGUGAUAGCGAGCUGGCACCUGUGCAUUGCCUUGGGCUACACCAACAGCAGCCUGAACCCCGUCCUCUACGCCUUUUUAGAUGAGAACUUCAAGAGGUGCUUCAGGGAUUUCUGCCUUCCCUGUAGGACCCGCGUGGAGCAGCACAGUCUGACCAGAGGCCGCAACACCACCAGGGAACCAGUGUCCGUCUGCGCUCCAUCAGAAGCAGGGAAGAAGCCGGCAUGACUAGGCAUGGACCGGGUCCCCCACAGCUCUCGCUCAAGGAGGAUCCAGCAAGAUCUGCAAUCAGAGGUCACCCAGAUCUCCACGACAGAGUUUUGAAAGAUCUCAAUGAGAAAAGAAAGUUUCAGUAAUGUGAGUGUUGAGUCAGAGAGAUAGACGGGACAUUCAGAGGAAAGGUUUCUCUCUUCUUUUCUAUUAAAGUUCUGAUUACGAAGAGGAAUCAUUUCUCUCACAGGAGAUGUGAGGCUUCUAAAGGCGGUGACAGGAGAUGAAGAACAUUUUACAGGAAGAGUUUAAAGAAAAGUAUCGGGUGUAUUUUAGUCUAGGAGAAAGUAGAGUGCUGGAUUUUAUGAUGAUGCAAAAGGACAAAGAAACACCUGCAGGCUUCUCUCAUGCCAAAAGAAGAAUGCAUCUUUCAGACACUUUCCUUCAGAUCACAUCGAAAAAAACAAGAAGAGAAGAAGACGAAGAGACUGAAGAGUGAAACGAACAGGCUUUCAAAACUUCUUCAAAGGGAACUUGCCGCUACGUUCAGAGCAACACAUGAGAGCUUGAUAUUUUGAAGUGCCAAGGGAGAAAUAAAAUCAUCAUCAGAGGCGUGUUGUACCCUCCAUAUCGACGAAAAACAAAUGAGCUUUGUAGAGCAGAGCCACGCAACAACUUAUACCCACUGACAGCUGGAUGAUGAAAUGUGGCAUAGCUUUUUCAAAACCACUCAGCACAUGUAGGAUAAUGAAUAUCUUGAUGUUCCAGCUUCUGUUGUCAGCCUAAAUGAAUUCCUCUUAGUAUUUGCGUCAGACAGCUGUAGUGGAAGAAAAGAAAUGAGGCUGUGUCACAAAUCAGAUGAAAUCUCAAUCAAACCUGGUACAAGGGUUUUUGGACCAGAUGGAAAAAUCUGGAAUGCAUUUACACCACUGAAGCUUUUUCUAGUAUGGACGUCUUUCUGCUCACCUGCUUGACUUUCAUGGGUUGUGUGAAGCCUGCAGAGAGACUCUGAGCAGAAUCACAAAGAGAUAAACCUGCCACAACACUCGCCUUAUCGGCCCACCGUUCAAAACACACACACGGUCAAAGAACACUUUGGAAAUGGGGCUUAGAGCAGCUUCAUUGUUGUGCACCUGAAGACGUCAGUCCUGAUGUCAACAAACUGCUUCAGGGAGAUUAUUGAUCUGCAUGUUGAAUGAGCGGAAAACCUGCCAUCUGCUUCUCUCAAAUCAGUAGCACAUUUAAGACACGCCGAACGGCAUUUAUUCACUCUGAUAGAUUAUGAAACCAAUCAAAUUGGGGACAUCAAUCAAUGGCUUCUGGGACGUUAAUGAACAUUUGUACUCUGCAUACCAGAUGAGGUGUGUCACAGGUAAUGAUGGAGAGAGAAUCAGGACUCGUUUUCCUGUGGAAACACUGAAGAACGUGGAUUUGCAAAACUGUCAAGUUAGAACAUAGUUUUGACUUAUGCUGAAUAAAGAGGCAGGUUUUUGAUGAACUCAAUGAAUGAGUUAGUGCUGGGCGAUAUUGAAAAUGAUGUUAUCACAAUAGAAUAUUUCA